UCAGUCAGAGAGCGCUGGAGCACAGAGCGAGCGUUCCCACCACCUUUUCAGUCAUCUGUUCAUUCAGGGAUGCAGCCGCACCAACUGCAGCUAAACGUGUGUGAAGUAAUAAGAUCCUCCGUGUGGCAGAAACAGCAGAAGAAGGAGGAGGAAUGUGAUUGCUCAGCUGCUUCAGUCUGCAAUUAAGGGGCUGGCACCGAGGACGCGACCCUGGGACCCGAUGGCUGAAUAGCCCCCACUGGAAGUCUCCAAAGAGGAAUUGAGCGAUUGCUCUGUUUAUUUGUUUACCACUGUAUGGCACAACACUGUAGUAGAAAAUGUCCUCAUACCCCAAAGGGAUUAGCCUUAAUGGAUCCUCGUUCAUAUAUACCAUGAGAUGAAUCGGGGUGACCCUGGAGAUGCCGAAGAGACGAGACGUUGUUGCCAUUGUACUGAUUGCGUUGCCUUGGAUGCUACUCAUCAGUGUUUGGCACCAAAGCAACAUCACCUCUGUCCUAACUGCUCAAAAAGCUGACACAAUUGGUGGCCGCUCAGAUUCUCGGGCCUUAAAGGAAUCCUCCUCACUGCAGAGCCGUGACAUUGUGCAUGUGGUCCGCACUGAGUACAUUUACAGCCGGCCUCCGCCUUGGUCCCAAAGCCUUCCUACUCUCCACAUCAUCACUCCGACUUACAGCCGCCCAGUGCAGAAAGCUGAGCUGACCCGCCUGGCCAACACUCUUCUCCACGUGUCCAAUCUGCACUGGAUUGUUGUGGAAGACUCUCAGAGGAGGACCACUCUGGUUAGCCAUUUCCUUCAGGAAAAGGGUCUUAACUACACUCACCUCAACAUUUUGACACCAAUGACUUAUAAAUCUAGAGGAGACGGGAGAAACCCCAGAGUACCUCGGGGUACCUUGCAGAGGAACCUGGCCCUGCGGUGGCUACGAGAGACCUUCCCCUUAAACUACAGCCAGCCUGGAGUUGUCUACUUUGCAGACGAUGACAACACAUACAGUCUACAAUUGUUUGAAGAGAUGAGGUCGACUAAAAAGGUAUCUGUGUGGCCUGUGGCAUUUGUGGGUGGCCUACGAUACGAGUCACCCAAAAUAAAUGCCCUAGGCAAGGUGUAUGGCUGGAAAACAGUAUUUGACCCACACCGGCCUUUCGGUAUAGACAUGGCUGGGUUUGCAGUAAACUUGGGCCUCAUUCUGUCCAAACCUCAGGCUUAUUUCAAGCUUCGAGGAGUGAAGGGAGGAUAUCAGGAGAGUAGCUUAUUGAGGGAACUGGUCACUCUGAGUGAAUUGGAGCCUAAAGCCUCAAACUGCACUAAGGUAUUAGUGUGGCACACACGGACAGAGAAGCCUGUGCUAGUAAAUGAGGGCAAGAAAGGAUUUACAGACUCUAAUGUAGAGAUAUGACAUUCUUCAACCGACACAGUCUUACUUAGGUGUAUACCUGUUGUUUCAGGAAAGGAAGCUUCACUGGGAUCUGUCUGGGCUCAAACCACCCUAAGAGCUCUGGUGGCCAAAAACAUUACAAUGGCACCAUAGCUGCACUUAACCUCUGCUGCAUAAAUGGAGGCACUGAGCCAUGUGCAUGUACUGAACUCAACAUAUCAAAGCUCAACUGCACAGGAACUUUGUGGUGUGUUCUGCUGGGCGGAACUGAGUUGACAGAGGAAGGAGUUGCCAAAUGGAACCGGCACAGUAGGAGCUGAAACAAAGGAGGUUACCCGACUUAAACUCCAGAAAGAGAUGAACCCGUGUGCAAUAAAGAACCCUCUCAGCACAGAUGCCACCAGCCAAGCAUCCAAUCACCACUUAAUAGGGCUCUUUUGUUCUGAGGUCAGUGGGCUGUCGGGCACAGGGCUGCACAUAAAACAAGUCCUUGUUUGAAGUAACACAGCACUGACUGGCAGACAGCGCUGAUGGGAUCCAAGCUCUCCCUAUCCCCCCUGUAUUAGUAGUGUACAACACUAGCCUAUUUAGAUAGCACCCUGAACCCCUCACUAAUUAGGAGUUGUAUUUCUGCUCAGCACACAUUCACUUAACCAGCUGACACACACACAUGCACUGAUUUAUUAUUGUCAAACACAAACAACCUUUCACAUUCAUGUAUUAUCAGCACUUCCUGAUGUGCUGCAAGGACUGCAGAGCUGUUCUCCUAUUAAAGAGAUGAUUCUGUUUCGUUAAUCUCUGGACUUUGCAGGUUUGCUAUUUGCUAAUUUAAACGACAAUUUCUUUGUAAAUUUUGUUUCCUGAUUAUUUAUUAUGAACAUGUGGGAAAACUGUGGAAUAUAGAACCCUGACUCCAAGUACUAGAACUGAAAACUCUUAUUAAAUAUUUUAAUUCUUCCCA